AGGACAAGAAGGGCAAAAUUGUGGGCGGCCCAUUUCUACUCGACAAUGGCAUCAGUGCCAGUCGUCAGGCCGAUAAUCUGUCUAGCGCCCACGAACUGAGCAAUCAACCGCGAAGCCAGAUAAUUGAUAUCGGUGAGAGCGAGGAAAAGUCGCAGAUGUGGCUAACGACCGGCGAGGCUUCCAGCCUGGGGGCGGAGGAGGUGGCUGCCAGGUUGGACACUCAUCUUCACAAUGGACUUGAGUGGCGAGAAGUGGAAAUGCGGAGACAACUUGCUGGAUUCAACGAACUCACCGUCCUCGACGAAGAGCCCACUUGGAAGAAGUACAUCGAACAGUUCCGUAAUCCUCUGAUUCUGCUGCUGCUGGCUUCAGCGCUGGUCAGUGUCUGUAUGAAGCAAUUUGACGACGCUGUCAGCAUCACAGUUGCCAUCAUCAUUGUGGUGACCGUCGCUUUCGUUCAAGAGUACCGUUCGGAAAAGUCGUUGCAAGAACUCACAAAACUUGUACCUCCGACCUGUCACUGCAUCCGGGAAGGCAUACCUGAGAGCUUCCUGGCGCGCAGCCUCGUUCCUGGAGACAUCGUUAAUCUGAACGUUGGAGACAGGGUCCCGGCAGAUCUGCGGCUCUUUGAGGCACAUGGCCUAGCCAUUGAUGAAAGCAGCUUCACAGGAGAAACAGAGCCCGCGUCUAAAGUCACGGUGCCACUUCUUAAGACCAAUGGACACACGUCCAAGAGGAAUAUUGCUUUUAUGGGCACUCUGGUGCGCUGUGGAAACGGAAAGGGGAUAGUCAUCAACACUGGCGAGAAGUCUGAGUUUGGAGAGGUGUUUAAGAUGAUGCAAGCUGAGGAGGCACCAAAAACGCCUCUGCAGAAAAGCAUGGACAGUCUGGGAGCAAUGCUGUCCUUUUACUCCUUCUGCAUCAUUGGCUUCAUCAUGCUGCUCGGCUGGUUCCAAGGCAGACCUAUCCUCGACAUGUUCACCAUUGGUGUUAGUUUGGCUGUGGCUGCCAUCCCUGAGGGCUUGCCCAUUGUGGUCACAGUCACUCUCGCCCUUGGGGUCAUGCGAAUGGCCAAGCGCAAGGCUAUCAUCAAGAAGCUGCCAACUGUUGAAACUCUCGGUUGCGUCAAUGUGGUGUGUUCAGACAAAACAGGAACUCUGACCAUGAAUGAGAUGACCGUUACAACAAUGGUCACCUCAGAGGGCUAUGAAGCAGAGGUGUCAGGUGCUGGAUACAACAACCGCGGAAAGGUGCACAUCGUUAAGGAAGGCACAAGAGAGUCGUUUGUUAAUUUGCUGGAGGUUGGAUGCGUGUGCAAUAAUGCUGUGAUAACGGGGGAAACCCUGCAUGGACAGCCAACAGAAGGGGCGAUUCUAGCAGCAGGAAUGAAAAUCGGCCUAUACAAUUGCUCAGACAGGUUUGUCCGCCUCCAGGAGUAUCCCUUCAGCUCGGAAUCGAAAGUGAUGGCAGUCAAGUGCAUUGCAACUCUAUCAAACAGUGACGAGAAACGGGAAAUUUUCUUUGUUAAAGGUGCCAUGGAAAAGUUGCUUCAUCAAUGCAGAUAUUACUCCGACAAUGGUCGGAUCAUUCACUUGUCGUCAGAAAAAGUACAGGAGUUUCUGACAAUGUCAUUUGAAAUUGGGCGGAAGGGCCUUCGUGUUAUUGGAUUGGCCAAGGGAAACACAUUACAAGAGCUCACGUACAUGGGAAUGGUCGGCAUUUGUGAUCCUCCAAGACCGCACGUCCGUGAAGCUAUCCAGACUCUGAUGAGCUCAGGUGUCGAGAUUAAACUGGUUACGGGAGACGCUCAAGAAACUGCCGUUGCAAUAGCUGGAAUGGUUGGUUUGGACACGAUGCACAUGGAGUCUUUGUCUGGAGAUCACAUCGAAAAGAUGACAGAGCAGCAGUUGGCGCAAAUAGUGCCGCAAAUCAGCGUUUUCUACAGAGUAACGCCACGUCAUAAGCUGUGCAUUGUCAAGGCAUUGCAAGCAAAUGGUGUGAUUGUUGGAAUGACUGGUGACGGCGUCAACGAUGGAGUAGCUCUGAAGAAGGCUGACAUUGGAAUCGCCAUGGGCAAAAGUGGUACUGACGUGUGCAAGGAGGCCGCAGAUAUGAUUCUAGUCGACGAUGAUUUUGGAACCAUCAUCGCUGCAAUUGAGGAGGGGAAAGGCAUCUUCUACAACAUUCGAAACUUUGUGCGAUUCCAGCUGAGCACCAGCAUUGCUGCGUUGUCGUUGAUCGCUCUUGCCACCCUGAUGGGCAUUCCAAACCCUCUUAACGCCAUGCAGAUUCUCUGGAUCAACAUCAUUAUGGAUGGACCUCCUGCUCAAAGUCUUGGUGUGGAGCCAGUCGACAAGGACGUCAUCAAGCAAAAGCCGAGGGACGCCAAAACGCCAAUGAUCACCAGAGCAGUAAUUGUUAACGUCAUCUUGUCAGCGUCAAUCAUCAUCCUUGGCACUCUUUGGGUCUUCAAUAGAGAGAUGAGCGACAACAAAAUAACCCCAAGAGACACCACCAUGACUUUCACCUGCUUUGUAUUCUUUGACAUGUUCAACGCCCUCAGUUGCCGAUCUCAGACCAAAUCGAUCUUCACCGUGGGUCUUUUCACGAAUAAGAUUUUCCUCAUUGCCGUCAGCUUGUCCGUCAUUGGCCAACUGCUGGUUAUUUAUUUCCCUCCUCUUCAACUAGUUUUCCAGACUGAAGCCUUAACCAUUAAAGACCUGAUAUUCUUGCUGUGCCUGACGUCAACCGUCUUCUGGGUGUCAGAGAUCAAGAAACUGGUGGAGCGGCAAAUGGAGCGGCGGUCAACGUCUUCCUGCCACUACCCCAGCGCUAAAGAGCACCUUCUCGAGUAUGUAUGACAGUCGGAGGACGGCGCUGACGAUAAAUCCCAUGUUGACUGAGAUCAGCGUUUCGGGGUUGCCGAACCUCAAGUCAAGCUGAGAUUUUAGCCCAAAAUCACUCUCGCAAUACUCCGCAAUCUGUAAUCUAUCUGCUUUCAGAGAAUUGCGAGAGACACAAUGUUAAUCUCUGUGUCACUAGCGUUUGGGCUGUAAAUUUUAGGUUGAAAUUAGGAGCACCCUGGGGAUGUAAGUUGGAUAAACACCGUUCAGAUGCCGAGUAAGUAACAAAUUGGACAGAUACGCGAAUGAGACAAGGUGAAACAACCAUUUCCACUUGAGAAUCAAAAGGCCGGCCGGCACGUUUACUUUGGCCGGAGCACAAAUUGUAGCUGAGAGAUGUGAAUAAUAUAUGUACUAAAAAAUACUUCUUUCAACUCGCAGCUCUUCAUUUUUUAUUUACUGAGCUGCGCUAUUAAUUUUUCUGGCAUUUUGCCACUAUCAUGACUCUAAUGCGGAGCACUUGUUAGACUUCUAAGAACUUCAGCUUUAUCAUAAUCCUUUCAUAAAAAAUUGAUGUUGGAACUUUUGAGCUUUUAGAACUAUUGUGCCAUUGGUUGUUGCUGAAUCGUGUGGUUUUCGAAUUGUUCGCCAGUAUAAUAUUUGCUUGUUGCAAUAAUUGAAAGAAACUGUUACCCUACUCACGUUUGCGUGAAAUUUUAAUGCAAAUAUUGUCUGGUGUCCUGUCCACCCACAGUCUAUAACGUAAUCAUAUCCUAACCUAAAAAUGCUCUUCUAUCGGUUGCAAUCGAAUUUGCAUGGAAUUGUGAUACACACUGGAUUAAAAUCGAUUGUCAUUGCUAUGGAGAAUUAUUUUCAAAAUCUCAACUAUCACUUGCAAAUGAGAUUUCCAAUCACCAUCCCUCUGUUCUCCAUUUACUUAGACUAGCGAAGCGAACCAAGUAGCCGACUUUGCAUUUUGCAACUGUCCUUGCCGACAUUCCACACAGAUGCUAAUUUUAUUAUUGCGUGUCUCACUAAGCAGUUGUUGUUUAAAUUUCGUUACUUACUUUUACUCGACGAUGUCUCAGUACUCACAGUCGCUAUUUAUGAAAAUGUUGUGAUGAAGUUUUAAUUUAGCUUUAGUUCAAACGCGCGCGCACAUUUUAUUGUUUGUUGCGUUGGAAUCAAGCUGAUAUUUUAUUACUUAGAGAAUUUUUAAUUUUUGUUAUAUAUGCAAGGUUUUCGGAUGAAAAAUGUGGUUGUUAGGUGCAACUCGAAUAAACUCGCAGUGAUUAAAAUACCUAGAAAAA